CGUGACCAUGGAGACACCCCCAUCGUCGGGACGCGGCUUGUUGCUGCGGAGAAUUCAUUUCAAAGCAGUUCACUGACGCCCGUCUCAUCCUCGUCUUGUUUUCCACGAGGUACUUUCCUAAAAUUGCUGAAAUGGAGAACGGCGCGGUAGUUGUCAAUCAAAAUCAAAAUAAUGACGGGCCCGAAGAGCAAACAAGAGAGCAAAUCCUGAGGCACGGACACAAGGGAAUACUCACCAUGAACACGGGGGCGAAAAUGGAGAGUAUCACCACCCUGAAAGCAACAUAUCCCCCUCCAAAGAGUCCAGGGGUGAGACUGCGAGGCAUCAGGACUGAACUUUUGGAAAGAAGAAUUGCUCAGAUAAUAAAAGACAAGAUUCAUGCAGAGCGCAACCCCCCCCUUCCCCAAACUGAUUUCUCGACCACAACCCAGAGGGAUUUUCGAGUUGAGGGCUUUGUGGCCCAAACUACAAAAAAUAACCGCUUUCAUGAUUAUAAAACUGAGCAGGCCAUCAGCUACUGGAGUGAAAAUUACCAGCGGAUUCAGGGUGUGAGUCCAGUAGAGUGCCCAAACACGCCCUUCAGAAAGUCGGCCCAGUUUUCCACACCCAUCGGUGAACAGCGGGAAGACGUUGACUCCUUCAUUUAGUAAUUGUCAAGAUGUCUGCAUUUUAAAUGGACUUGGACAAUCAAUUCUAUGCUUCUAUUGCGUUGCAUUUCUUAUGACUAGCUAUCGUCACACAUUUUUCUAAACCGCGUGUACGAGUGGUACUGAUACUAGUUUUCCCUUUGAUGCACUAAACUAGAGGUCUAUUCAA